AGUCACUGUUCCCGGAAGCGAUUGAAGAUCGAUGGAGCAGAACAAGAUUUUGCGUGACAGCCGGAAAAGGCCACAUGACUAUCACUCGUUUCUCUCUGAGUUUGAAAGUUCAGUCGUCAGGGAUAUAGAGAAGCUCUUCAAUAAGAAAUUCUCCUUCCAGAAGCCAGAGGGUAGCCAGUGGGUCCUGCCUGAGGCCCAUGACGCACCCUCGGAUCAGCUGCAGCUGUCCAAAGAGCUGGAGUCACUGAAGGUGUCGCUGAACCGUGUGAAGGACCAGCUGGGUGACAAGGACCUGGAGAAGUGGCACCCACACACCAGAUCCACCAACUGGGCCGGCAGGAUCAUCUCGCGGGUCCGGCAGAGCGUCAAUGCGGAGCUGUGCACCCAGGCCUGGUGCAAGUUCUAUGAGGUCUUGGGCACUUUCCCCGUGCUGCCAGAAGCAGCCUGUCAGGACGGGAAGCUGAACUCAGUGCACCUGUGUGAGGCCCCUGGCGCCUUCAUCACCAGCCUCAACCAUUACCUGUGCAACAACUAUCCUUCGUGCAAGUGGAACUGGGUGGCAAAUACCCUCAACCCCUACCACGAGGGCAAUGACAUGGGCACCAUGAUUGCAGACGACCGCCUGAUUGUGGGCACUCUGUCCCGGUGGUACUUUGGUCCCGACGACACGGGUAACGUGAUGGACCGGCGGCACCUGGAGGGCCUGAUUGAGUUCACCCGGGACAAGGGCAUGGAGAGCAUCCACCUGGUGACAGCAGACGGCAGCGUCGACUGCCAGGAUGACCCGGGCGAGCAGGAGGCGCGGGUGGCUCCCCUGCACUACUGCGAAGCAGUCACUGCCCUGCGGCUGCUGGGCCAAGGGGGGUCGCUGGUGCUGAAGAUGUUCACUCUGUUUGAACGGCCCUCGGCCUGCCUGAUCUAUCUGCUCAACUGCUGCUUCGAGCAGGUGCACGCCUUCAAGCCAGCUACCAGCAAGGCAGGCAACUCCGAGGUGUACAUCGUCUGCCUCGGCUACAGGGGCCAGCCGGCGCUGGGCACUCACCUGGAGGAGCUGGAGCAGGCCUUCGGCCCGGGGCUGGCCCGGGACUCUACACUGGCCCGCUCCGCCUUGCCACCUACCUUCCUCACGCAGCUGGAGAACUGCUGCCGCCUCUUCCACGACUACCAGACCGCCACCAUCAAGGAGAACCUCCGACUUUUCGCUGGCUCCACUCCCCGGGAGUCUGACAGACUGAGACAGCGGCGGGACUGUGCCGCCAAGUACUACCUGCGCCACUUCCGGCUGAGGUCGCUGUACCGCGACCAGUGGGUGUUGAGGGAGUACCUGCCGGAUUUGGGGCUGAUGGGCCAGUUCACUGACCAGAACAAGAGGCAGCAGGCCGGCUCCCACAACCAGAUGCGGGCACUUGCUCAGCAGGGCUGGCGGGAGCGGCUGUGCCAAGGGCCUCUGUGGCGCAAGGUGGUGGCCCACUGCGGCGGCUUCUCGACCGGCGCCCCUCCCCUGCUGGAGGGGCAGGACGAGGCUCCAGGCUGCCACUCCUGGCGUGUACUGGAAGCCCAGGGACUCACCAGUCUGGCCAGUUCCCCCUUUUGCGAGGCGGAGCUGCUACACAGCCUGAAUGAGUCGUUGGAGGCAACGGACGCAGGCUCGGCUCUGGUUACCUGUCAUUCCUGCAGCCCCCUCUCCCCGAAACAGGUGUUGACCCAGUUGAACAAGGUUGCGGAGCCUCUGGGCGUCUCCCUCGAUCGCCUGGUGGUGCUGGGGGGUCUGGAGUCGCUGGAUCUCGGUGAGCUGCCAACCAGCUACCCGAGUCUGUCCGUACCACUCCCUCCGUGUUCACGGCUCCACGACGGAGAUCCCCGCUACCAGUGCUGGCUGCUGGAGGCCGUACUGAAGGUGCUGGCAGAGAGCACCAAGGGCAGUGCCUUCGUCUUGCCCCUCCGUUCCGCCUUCACCCGCUUCACUGCUGGCCUGGUGUUGGCGCUCAGCCAUUGCUUCCGCGGCCUGUCGUUUGCGUGGCCCUUCACAGACUCUGGUCCAGCCUGCCCAGUCGUACUGCUGGGCACCGGCUUCCGCCAGCCUCCCUCUGAGCUGCUGGAGUUUCUGCAGCAGCUGAGUCAGCGCCUGUCCCAACUGGCAGAGCUGCAACCACAGGCUGGGGCCGGGGCAGGGCUGGGGCAGCAGGUGCUGCAGUUUGUACCCACGGAACUGCUGCUCAGUGGCUGCCUGCCCAAGUUCCUCAGUGCGCUCAACGUUGCCGUUUGCAGGUAUAGGCUUCACCUGGCCGUUCAGGAGGCCGAGGCCUAGGUCACCGGGGCUUCCCGGCCCGUGGUGAUCGCACA